GGCUGCCGCCAAGAUGUUGCCUAUGGUCGGCAGCGGCGAGGUGAACUUGUCGGCAAGCAAAGAAUACUGUUUAGAAUAUUGACGAUGGCUACAGACACUACCCCCGUGCUUAUCAUUGGCGCAGGCAUCACUGGUCUUGCACUCGCCCAAGCAUGCAGGAGAGAAAGUGUUCCUUAUCGGAUCUUUGAGAAGGAUGAGUCGGCAAUCGCAUCUGGGAAUACCUGGGCCGCGCCAUUGAACUGGACGGCCGGAGUACUGUCCUCGUUACUACCCGAUGACAUUGCCACUCAGAUCCCGGGCACGUAUGUUAACAAAUCGGCGGUCGAGGCUGGCCAAAGGCCUCAAUUCAAGUGCUUCGAUCUGGGAACCGCUCAAGCCAAAUCGCAAAAACCCUCGACAGAGCGUGUGUUCGUGAACGGAUCCAGGUUAGCGAGGCUACUCUCGACGAAUCUCAACAUCGAGUAUGGGAAGCAGGCUCAGUCCCUGACGGUUGAUGCUGCCGGCAGUGUGACCGUAGCUUUCGUUGAUGGGACAUCCGCAGGCGGUAAAUUCCUGGUUGGCUGCGACGGUAUUCACUCAGACAUUCGCCGCAUCCUUCAUCCCGAUGAGUACAAGAACAUUGAACUCCCUGCUCGCGCAAUAAGUGCCACAGUACAGUUCUCUGAAGUUCAGAUCGCAGACAUACGUGCUCUCGACCAGUACUUCCUGUAUGGCAUUGAUCAACGCAACGACACUUUCCUCCGUUUCUCGUUGGUCGAAGGACCGAACGACGUCAGCGUGGAGGAUGCUCGACAAGACAAGGCAAACAAUUCAACAUAUUAUCGCUGUGAGAUCGUAAUCGCCUGGCCUUAUCGACCCGAUUUUCUCGGCCGUGUCGAACCAACCAAGGUUCCAAAUACAGACAUUGGGCAAUUCAGCAUGAUGCAGACUAUAGCCGAAAACUGGAUAGAGCCCUUUCGCUCGUUGGUGAUGGAUAUCAACCUCAACGAAGCCGAGAUCAAGCCCAUCGAGAUUGCCGACUGGAUUUGCCCAGAGCCGUCGCAGGAGGCCCCUGCGAUAAACGUUUCGCCGCUCGAUGGUCACGUAGCUCUGGCUGGCGACGCUGCACAUACCAUUGCGAUGUACAGCGGCGAAGCGGGAGAUCAUGCGAUCAUGGAUGUCAAGCAUUUGGUCCCGUUGCUACGCGCGGUGCGAAGUGAUGACGCCGGGUCUUUCACCGAAGCAGCGCAGGCGUAUGAAAGGGGAAUGUUACAGAGAUCUAUUCUAGCCGUCCUGGCUUCGAGACAGGCAUGUAUGGAUGUGCACCAGAUCCAGCAAUGAGAAGUGCGUUCUCUGCUAUAAAUUUAUAGAGAGACACUACUCCAUAUUCAACACUAGAUGAAAGCGAAGGCC